CUCAAACCCAGAAGCGGGAUUAAUCAUUUAAAAGCUGGCCACGCGCUGUCAAAAUAAAAUACGAAUCCAUAAAUAUAAUCGAAUAUAUGAGCACGUGAAAAAUAAACCAAGUUCAAUGAGCCAAAGCCGAAAGUGAACAAGUAUUAUUAAGAGCGAGAACCGGUCGUCGCAGUUUGUUUUUAUUGUUUUUACUUCAUUUGUUAUUAUUUUGAUGUCUCUGAGGCUUACUAUCAGAAAAGCCCAAAUCGUGUGUCAUAGGUGUCAAGACGCAUUUGCUGGGAGAUAAUACAUCGUCGGCUCAGGGAAUAACAAAAGCCAUCGAUUGCUUCUAUUAUAAUUCGUAUUUUUGAGAGACCAGUUUUUGAAAGUGUGACUGGCUUGGCUUUUGGUUAAUUGGCACUUGGGAAGUUGGAAGUUGCCCGGCUGGUUUCUGCGAUCUGUGAUCUCGCGCAUCGCCGAUUGCCGGCCGAUCUCAGCGUUUUUAGCCCCACUGCAUUCCCCAUCUGGCGACGAGCAAGGAAGGAGAUUCCCCAUCCGAGAUCCGAGAUGAACGCUCCAGCCGCCGGCAAACAUAUGUAUCAGCUUCUUCUCCUCGUGCUGCUGCCCCUAAUUGCAGUUUGGGCCACGCCUGCCAUUAGUCCACAGUCUCAGCGCGGCAUUAUCUUUCCCAAGGAAUCCUUUGAUGACUGCUACCUGGAUGAUGUACAACGGACGAAGGGCACCUGCCGUCGCAUGGAGGACUGUCCCUCCGCUGUAAAAAGCUGGCUAGAGAAACGAGAGUCGCCCAAGACCUGCUACUUUGUGAAGUUUGAUCACUUUGUAUGCUGCAAUCCAGAGACUGAAGUUCCAGAAAUAACCACCGAUGAACCGCCCACGCUGCCACCCACCCGUAAACCCUAUACAGCGCCGCAGGUCCAAAGGCCAAGUCUGCAGGCUUGUUACGAUUACAACAACGUCAAGGUGACUAACGAGAAUGACCUGACCUUCGUGAUCUCAGUGGUGGGCGGUAUGCCAACACGUUACCGGGAAUACCCCUUCAUGGCGGCCCUGGGCUGGCGCUCCAGCUUCGACCAACGGAUAUAUUAUCGCUGCGGCGGUGCCUUGAUCUCCAGUACCUAUAUCUUGACGGCGGCUCACUGCGCCGACUUGGGCGGCGAACCCCCCAGCCAGGUACGACUCGGUGGCGAUAACCUGACCCUAACCGAGGGCGAGGACAUGAUGAUCCGGCGCGUUUUGGUGCACCCGGAAUAUAAUGCCACCACUGCCUACAAUGACAUUGCUCUGCUGGAGCUGGAGGCACCGGCCAAGCCGGAACUCCGUCCAACCUGUAUUUAUACGGAAAGCGAGGUGGUCAACUCGCUGGUCACGGCCAUUGGCUAUGGGCAGACCAGCUUCGCCGGUCUCUCCUCCGCCCAGUUGCUGAAGGUGCCGCUCCGGCGGGUGAGCAACGAGGAAUGCCAGGUCCACUAUCAAACGGAUCAGCUGGCCCAGGGUGUUCAGGCUAGCCAGAUGUGUGCGGGGGAUUUGAUUGGGGAAAAGGAUACCUGCCAGGGUGACUCCGGUGGUCCGCUCCUCAUGCAGGACGAACAUCUCCUCUAUGUGGUGGGCAUCACGUCGCUGGGACAGGGGUGUGCCAGCGGCCCGCCAUCGGUGUACACCAGGGUGUCCAGCUUUGUGGACUGGGUCGAGAGCAUUGUGUGGCCAGCAGGAUUUCAGUCGCAGCCGCAACAGCUACAGGACCGGAUGUCAUCGACACCUAAGGAUAUGACUGGACCCGAAGUCGAUCUGAGAGCCAUGAUAUAAUUAUAAUUUAUUUCGAGAUUUUAUUGAAACAAAAUAAGAAUCUACAGGAUAUCAAAUAAAUAACCAAUUUGAUUUGGUUUUUCUUUAGUAUACUUUAAGUUUAUUUGUUAAACAAUAAACAAUGAAAAAUCACUGAAAAAAUUACUGUUUG